AAUCAGUUCAUGGUCUCGUUCUCUCCUGCUGGUGGUUUGUGAGCGAUGAGACUUUUCUUUGAGCAGGACGGUAGGGCAAGCGAAGGCUGUCGACGAUUUAUUUAUUCGGAUGGUUGGAUUCUCUGUGAGAGUGGAACCAGGGUUUGCGUUUCGAGAAUGCUGGAGACAUCCGAGAACUGCCAGAAUAGUAUUCUGGCAGUUCUAAAAGUCUGUAUUCUGAGAAAGCAGACUUUCAUCGAGCCCUAUUCCAGACUUCUGUAUCACUCCAAGCAGAUGUGGAUUUUGCAAAGGUGGGUUCAACAUGGAAUUAAUCUCGUGUUCCAUAACUAGUACUUGGAGCAUGUUCUUUCCACAUCAAGUGGCAAGAGUUUGCAGGUCAGUGUUUUGGAUACUCGUUAAACUUACAUCUUCUAAAUGAUUCAAGUUUGCUCAUAGUGAAAACAUGAUUCAAAGGGGAAGACAAACAACGUUCUGAAUAGUGUGAUGGUGUACUCGAAGGUACUUGUGGGCUACUCUCUUUGAUGAUGCUGAGGAGUAGAAAUCUGCCAAAUGCAAACACAUCAUAUUGUAAAUCUAUUACUGGCAAGAAGG